AUGAAGCUGGAGAGGAUCCGUCGUAGCGAACGCCUGGAGGUCUGCAAAGCCGUCGAAGUCGCAAUGCUGCAGGCCCAGGAAGAAGGCGCCGACCUGGACGCCAAGUCCCAGAUUCUAGAAAACUUAGCCGAGGACGAGGCUGAGGAUGCUGCAGCUGGCAACCACGGGGCCUCGUUCCCGGCCCCCUCAGGAACCCACCAGGAUGCGUUGUCUGCUUGUUCGCUGCCAGAUACUGGUGGCAAUAUUGGCAGCAACGAGGGCAAACCCAAGCCGCCCGCAAGGUGUGAAGGGUUUGCGGACCUGGUGGCUGCUCUGAGCGAGGUGCCUGCCCACGAGAACAAGCGCCAACACCUGGCGUCAAUCUUGCAGCAGACAGAAGAUCAAACACGGAGCGAGAUCGCCGAUGCUGCUCGCUUGGCCGCCGGGUUCAGGCAGGACAAGUCGGAAUUCCACAGCUUCAUCGAAUAUGCCCCUUGGCUCGAGAUAUCGCAAACUUGUGUUCUCCUGAAUCGAGUCCCCUGCGGCGGAACAAUGCGAAUGGCGAAACAACGAGAUGCGGAACGUUUACCUCUGGAACGCGAGACCGCCAUUCUCCGCCAGGAGCUUGCUGAAAUGACUUCGGAGGAAGAGGUAAGGAGAAAAACACGGUAG